CGCGCCAAGGCGGCACCGCUUCAUCUGCCACGGCCGCCGCCGCAACUGGCUGGUCUGAAUUGCGCCGCAUGCUGGGCUACCAUGCGUCAGUGCACCGUGUGCGUGGUGGGAAGACUUGCAUGGUGCAGUUUGUGGUAGAGGCCAUCCGCGCCGAGCCGGGAGCAGAAUUGGAGUACCGCAUACAAGCCCAGCUUCUGCCGCUGUUGCUGCACCUGGAUCAGGCGGCCUUGGCCUUCCUGCAACAUUUCUUCGCCCCUACUGCCGACGGCUUUGGGGGCGAAAGCAGUGGCACCAAGCCGGGGACCAGUGACGUGGUGCCCCCGUCUUCCACAGUUGGGGACUUGUUUUUCCAACGGUGCGAGGUGCAGCCCUUCACGCUAACCAUCAAUUAUCGGCCCCACCGCGUUGACCUGACAGCCCUCAGCAGCGGCCAGCUGUCGGAGGUGUUGAACCUGGUGCCAUGGGGCGGCGUUAGCCUGCAAUUCCGCCACUUACGUCUGUUCGGCAUUCAAGGGCUGGCUGGCAUCGGCACUUCUGUCGCGUCUGCCUACGUCGAGGACAUUGCGCGCUUUCAGGCUCAUCGCUUUGUUGGAGGCAUUGCCCCGAUUAAGUCCAUCUGCCGGGUGUCUUCUGCAGCCGCACAGCUGCUGGCGAUACCCAAGCAGCAGCUGUACGCACGCAGUAGCCAUGGAGGUGGUGGUGGCACCCUGUCGUUAACGGCACUGGUUGACGAGGACUUUCGCCGCCAAAUGCAACGUGGCCUAGCAGGCUUUGUGCGCGCAGUAGCUUUGGAGGCGCUCAACCUGGGUGCCACCAUGGCAGCAGGCGCAGAGGUGGCGCUGGCGGGGGAAUCGAGUGCCUCGCAUACGGCUGGUGUGAAACAGGCAUUGCGGCAGCAGCUGGUGCGCGCCUGGAAUUGCAAGCCAGCAUGGCCGAGCCGGACCGGGUCCUGGCCUGGGCGUUUUGAGGACAACCUGGCGCUGAUGCGCGAGGGGACCGAUCUCGCCGCCGGCUCGCCUUGCUGGUGCCGGCGCUGGCAGCAGUUUCUGCUGUCGGCACCCACGGACAGCGGAACGAUCGUGUGGCUGACGGAGCUGGAUGAGAAGACCGUGGUGGAGCGCGCAGCAGCAGCUUACCUUCGCCAGUCCCUGGAGCCCGCGCUGACCAAGCCGGAGCCCGAGAGCAGCAGCCAGCAGCCAGCAGCAGCCAGCAGCAGCCAGCAGCAUCUGCCAAUAGCAGCAGCCCCCAGCAUGCACUGGGGGGCGGAGGAGCAGGGGCGCCGCACUGGCACGCCCCGCGAGCAGUGCGUGUGCCCCGCCCUGGAUGGCCCUGGCGGCAUUGAGGACACCCGACACAUCCUGUUUGUGUGCCCCGUGUAUGCCGCCGAGCGCGAGCGCUGGCCGGAGCUGUUCCACGAGUUCCUGGGCCUGCCGCCGGCGUCCGUCCCUGUAGCAGGACUAGCCUCCGCUAUCCCGCUGAUCGCUCUAUCUGACUAUGGCUCUCUCUGCUAA